AUGAAGAAAUUUAUCAUUAGAGAAUGGGCUGAGCUUAUUUCGGUCCCUAUUACCUUAAAUGAACAAUCUCAACAAGUCUUUGAGCAUGCUGACUUGCCCGAGGUGAACGAUGAACUAUCAGUGACAUUACGACUUAAACUUCAGAGUCAUUCUUCCAGUUGGGCUAUUAUUUUUCACAAAGGUACCGAACCGUUUAUACGAACUCCUAGGCUCGUGUUGUUACCAAAUAAAUCCUCAUUACAUGCUCGGUUCACUGGCAACUGGACUAAUAAUGCAGGAAUUUAUGAGCUCGGUGAUGGACUUUUGUUGAACAAAUGGUACCAUAUCGCUUAUACGCUUUCUGAUUCCAAAAAAAGAUUAGACAUCUACAUUGACGGACAAUGGUUCGGAUUCUAUGGUAUCCAGAACGUUACAACGGAAAAUGUUGUCUUCAAUGAAGGACCAUUAUAUAUCGGACGUUCUUUCGACAAUGGAUUUAAUGGUGAAAUUUGUAAUUUUCGCUAUUUUAAUUGGCGUUUACGUGCCGAAGAAGUGAAGGAAGAUUUUAUUAAUAAAUUAAUUGAAAAUGGGUCGAAGGUCGCUCUUGUUCAUGUACUUACUAAAAAAUAUUUAACUACUAAAGGGAUUAGAUAUCCAAAAGGUCAAGUUAUGGCUGUUUGUAAUGGUCAGGAAUUAGAUUUGAAAAAUGAUGUUUUUACUGUUAUUGAAGCUCAUGGGACGAGUGUUAACGCGGGUAGCCCGGUGCCAUUUAAUACAACUAUUGGAUUUAAGCAUCAAGCGACAAAGGCAUUUUUACAUUCUCAUAAUUUUAAUAGUGGAUGUACAUCGAUUACAAACCAUUUGCAGGUGACCAUCUGGGAUGGUAGAGAUGGUAACGAUGACUGGGUCAUUCGACGUUAUGGUUCUAAAGAUAACUCGGGUUAUUUGUCGAAUGGUGAUAUAAUUAGCCUACACCAUGUACUCAAUGAUAGAUCCCUUUAUAGUCAUCCCGUAUUAUUGGAUGAUGGAACUCAAGAAGUUUCUUGUCAUGGAAAUGGAAAUGUUGAAAAUAAUAAGUGGCGCAUUGAAUUAAUUGAUGAUUCGAAAAUUUAA